AUGUCACGAGUCUUAAGAUCUAGAGUCAAAACAGAAGAAGCGCCACCACCGCUGCCAAAGAAGAAUCAAGAACCACCACCACCACCUACUACUAAUAAUAACGCUACCAAAGAAAGAAAACGAAGAAGAAAAAGAAGAUCAUCAUCAACUGGAUCCAUCUCUGCAUCUGAAGAUAAUGAUGACAUUUUCCAAUUGAAUAACAACCAUACCACUGGGAGACCAUUUGAAAUCGUAGGAGAUUUACCAUGUUCCAUUGAUCCUCCACAAUAUAAUUCAGCCUUAACUUGUCCUCUUUCUGUCAAGGAUUCUGGUGUGUUGUAUACUUCGUUAUUGAAUUCAAGAAGAACUUGGAUACGUGGUGAGAUGUUUGAUUUAUAUUGGUCGAGACCUAAUAGAGGAUCGGGAAGUGCCAAUGGUACACCCGGUGAUAAUAAUCCUCCUCGUCAGAAUAAUAUAGAUAAUAAGAAUAUGGAUGAAUCAAAUAAUGGGAUUACUUUAUUGAUCAAAGACAAGAUGCAAAAAAUGUCGGAUUGUGAAAUGAUUGCUGGUCCACAUUCAUUCCCAGUUCGAUUAUUUAUUUUGAAAGAUGAAGAUAUAGAAAAAAGAUGGCAAGAGGAACAAGAUUCUAAGAAAACUGAAAGAGAGGAAAAGAGAAAAUUGGAAGUGGAAAGGAAACAACAAAGGAUUGAAGAAAGGAAACGGCAACAAUUAGAAAGGCAACAAAAGAAGGAAUUGAAAAUGAAAAAGAAGUUAGAAAUGGAUUUGUUAAAGCAAAAGAGAAAAGAUGAAUUGAAAGCUUUGAAAGAACAGGAAAAAUUGAAUAAGAAAGAUAAACAACUACCUCGUGCCGGUCUCCCGACAGAUUCAGUAGCCACUUUUUCAGCAUCCACGAAGAAGAAGGUUCCAAGCAUCGAUACACAACCAUCUACAGAUCUUGAUAUUGAGAAAAAACAUGUUCCAGUACUAGCUUCACAAUCUUUAGUUUCUGAUGAAAAAAUACACAAACCAUCUGUUAAUGAUCCCAAAAUGAUUGCUAACUUAAACCUGAUGGCAAAGAAGGAUCCAGAACUAAAUAGAUUAAUGUCCAUAGUCGCGACGAGGCGAGCCACAUUACGAGAAAUUAAAAAGUUUAGAAAGUUUAUUAUCAUGGCUAGUGAAAUGCCACCGCCCCCAGGAUGGAUCCCUCCAGAAGGUUGGGAAAAUACUGUAUAUAAAGAUCCUGUUGGCUCACCACAAAACUCUUCUGAUGGUUCAGAUAAUGAAGAUUCAGUAAGACCAAAAAGAUUACCACUUGACCUUACCAAUCUACCAAAGGAUGACAAAGGAAUCUUUGAGAGAAACAAGGAUAAGGCAGAUGCAGAGAAUGAAAAUAAGAAUUGUCCAGAAAAGGCGGUUAAAAACGUCGAAACACCAAAUACAAAGAAAAAAUGCAAUACGGCAAUGUUACCAACUCAUUCAUCUCAGGAAUACGAUAAAUGUACGGUAAGUGAUGAGAAGCACGAUCAGGGAAAUAAGAUGGUUACAGAGGUUGAAGGUAAGAACGAACUUGACAAUGGCACUUUGAUAGAGAAUGGUGAAACAAAUAAAGAAAAUGACGAAAACAUUUCCAGCGAAAAUGAGGUAAGCGAAAAAGAGAUUUCUGGAGUAACGGAGGAAGCUACUGAAUCAAAACCAAUAACUAAUAAGAAUACUACUCCUUCAACCGAAGCAACUGGAAUGGAAGAGGCCUCUUUAGUUGGUGUUACAAAUCCGACAAUAAAGAAAGAAGAAAAAGGGAAAACUUCUUCCAAUCCAACUCCCAUAAAGAUGAGGAUGAGUCUAUAUGAAAAAGACCCCAAUUUAUUCAUUAAUUUAAGCUUGAUGGCUAAAACAGAUCCUACCCUACGAUAUUUAAUGUAUGUGGCUGCAACAGAUAAGCCUUUUGAUGAUCAAAGGAUAAAACUACGAGAAUAUAUUACCAGGGCAAGAGCUAAAUCUUUACCAGAGGGCUGGACUUUAUCAAAAACCAAAAAAUACGUGGUAUUAAUUGCUACAGCUACAAAAGACAAUGAAACAAACAUCAAUCAAAAAAUUGAGGCUCCACCAGUGAAUAUGCAGGACACAACUAACGGAAAUAUAAACAUGACUGAUGAGCCAAAAGUAGGUUCCAUUGAGAAGGUUGUACUUGAUAGAGAACAAGACAAGUUUAUUAGAGAUGUCGUAAAGAAGGAUUCUACAUUUAAAGGUGAAAAGACAGGAAGUAGACCUAAGAAAUAUAGGAAAAGACGACAAUCAAUGACUCUAUCGGAAAAUGGAGAAAAAUUAACGGGUUUUCAACAAAAAUAUGUUAAAGAAUCCGAAAUAAUUAUUGAGUAUUUAGAAUAUAUUCAUGCACGAUACAUCUUACCUCAUGAUGCUGUCAUUGAAUACCUGGAAUCCACCAAGGAAUAUAUUGUCUCGUGGAUUGUUAUUCAUAAUAAGAAGGAUAUUUUAAAGGUUUGUAAAAAACGUAAGGAGACCAUCGAUGAAUACCUAAUACGAGAAGAUUAUCCAAUUGCGCCUUUAUUCUCUUCAAUGACAAUACGUUUAGUUGGGAUCGAAGAUAAAUUUAAACCUAUUUUAAUGAAUAGUGUUAACCCUAUUGAUCAAGUGACUAAGAAAAUGUCAAGAAUCUUAGAUAUUGGGACGAGAUUAUCAAAGUAUAAUUUAUGGUACCAAUUAGAUGGUUAUGAUGAUAGUGAUCUAGCUGAGAGCUUAAGAGCUGAAUUAAAUGAAUAUGAACAUUCCUUGAGAACAAAACGUCAUAGGAGGAGUGCCGGAGACUGA